GCGGGCAUGCGCAGUACAGCAGGAGCAGGCACAUCGUCACACACAGUUGUUCUGGUCCAAAAUGGCGCUAUGUUUACGUCCCUACAUAAUCGGUUAUUAUCCCUAACAGGUCUCAUGGCGAGCUGCGGUGCUUUCAUUCACAACAUUUAGCUAAAACACCAGACCCACGACAAUAAAGCGGACGGUCGGUAAUGACAGUUUAAGAUCUGUGGCUCUAAAGUUCACCAGCAGCGGGAAGGAUGCAGGCUGAGGCCACAGACUCCUCACUGACAGAGGGCAUAGAGGCUCUGGGUGUGAAGGACGCAGAGAAACCUGCAGCAGGCAAGGAGGAAGAGGACAACACAGAGCAGCAGGACACGGAGAUGACUGCUGCCACGGAGGAGGACACGACAAGCAAGGAUGAAAAGGAUGGAGACGGAGACGCGGUGGACGGCGAGGCGCACAAAGACGAACCUCAGGCAGACACAGCGGUGGAUGGUGAAGAGGGAAAGCAGGCUGCGGUAGUGGACGAAUGGGAGCUUGCGUACAGUGACGAGGAAAUGGAGGACCCUAAAAACUGGAUGCCCCCUCCCACUGAGAUUAAAAGACUCUAUGAGCUCCUCGCUAAAGGGGAGAUGUUGGAAUUGGACUUUGUGCCCCUUCCUAGGAGGCCUCCUACGCCUGAACAUACCCCCUCACCUGAAAGAGAUGACGAAGAGGAGGCAGCGAAGGACAGGGAGAGGGAGGAGAGAGAGCGCAAGCCUCCAACUCCGACUGAGUUUGACUUUGAUGAAGAGCAAAUGCAAACCACUCCGAAAAAUGCCUUCAUCAACAGACGCAGAACACCAGGAUCUUCAUCCCGCUCCUCUGUGAAAAGGGAAGCUCGGUUGGACAAAGUACUGUCAGACAUGAAGCGCCACCGCAAAAUCGAGGAGCACAUCAUGCGCACUGGUCGAGAUCUCUUCAAGACUGAAAAGAAGCUGGAGGAGGCUCUGUCCCCGAACAGCCAAAAGGAGCGGGAGAAGGAGAGGGAACGAGACAGCAACCCCAACACCAUCUUCUCCCCGAGACAGAGGAGAUACUGAAGUAUUAAGAGAUGAGGACUUGCCCAGAGGCAAACAAGGCCAAGAGCUUUUUCCGAGGCUUUUUCAAAACUUGAAUUUUUUUAUGUAACGAGUUUUGUAUGUUUUCUAUGUGUGUUUUGUAUAUUGGCAAUAAACAUUUUAACCCUG